AAUUCGCUCGGUGGAUUGCUUGCAAGCUUGGGGCUGAUAAUUAGGGAUCUCAGGAGAGCAGCUUCUCAGAACAGCACGCUCUCCUCCAAAUGGACCGACGGCAGACAGUGGUUCAGCCCUGCUGAUAUUUUUUAAGCCCUCCUUGCAGUUUGAUGGGCAUUCCCAGUGCUUUUGUGCACGUCUCGGGAAGCGUUGACGUGGAAAGGAGCAGCGAGGAGGGGGAGGUUGGAGGAGAAAACUGCAGCUCCUCUAAAAAUACGGAGGGCAUGCACGGGAGCCAGCAGGCUGGGGAGGAGGGCGAGGCGGGGGCACCUCGCACCAUGGUCCCCCGGUGCCGGCGCGGCGCAGUUUCGGAGAUGUCCCUGCUGUGACUGGACGCACCAUGAGCAUCUGGGAGCUGCUCCUGGCUUUCGUGGUGGUGGUGCUGAUGCUCGUGGCCCUGCUGGCCAACGUGCUGGUGCUGAUGUGCUUCCUGUACAGCGCCGACAUCCGCAAGCAGGUCCCGGGAUUGUUCAUCCUCAACCUCACCUUCUGCAACCUGUUGAUGGCCGUCUCGAGCAUGCCCCUGACCUUGGCUGGGAUCAUUUACAAAAGUCAGCCGGCGGGAGAUGAGGUCUGCCACGUUGUGGGCUUCCUGGAGACUUUCCUCACCACCAACUCCAUGCUGAGCAUGGCAGCUUUGAGCAUUGACAGGUGGAUUGCCGUGGUCUUCCCUCUAAGCUAUCACUCCAAAAUGAGGUACCGAGACGCCGCUCUCAUUCUGAGCUACACGUGGCUGCACUCGGCGUCCUUCCCCAUAGUGGCAGCUUCUCUCUCCUGGGUGGGUUUCCAUCACCUCUACGCCUCCUGCACGCUCUACAGCAAGAGACCAGAGGAUAGGACACAGUUUGUGAUUUUCACUGGGGUCUUUCACGCCCUCAGCUUCCUCCUCUCCCUGGUAGUGCUGUGCUUCACAUAUCUCAAAGUGCUGAAGGUGGCACGGUUCCACUGUAAGCGCAUCGAUGUGAUCACUAUGCAGACCCUGGUGCUGCUCGUGGACAUCCACCCCAGCGUGCGAGAGCGUUGUCUGGAGGAGCAGAGGAGGCGGAGGCAGCGGGCCACGAAGAAAAUCAGUACCUUCAUUGGUACCUUCAUACUGUGCUUUGCCCCUUAUGUAAUCACAAGACUUGUUGAAUUAUCUUCUGUGGUCCACAUCAACUCCCACUGGGGGAUCAUCUCCAAGUGCUUAGCUUACAGCAAAGCUGUUUCAGACCCUUUUGUGUACUCUUUGCUGCGGCACCAGUACAAGAAGACGUGGAAGGACAUCAUAAACAAGAUCCUCAAGAGAAGCUCCAUCAACUCCUCGGCGCUGGCGGGCGAGUCGCACAACCGGAACCUCCCGCAGCUGAACGAGUGAGGAGCCUGGUAUGGCACCUGUCCAGGGGUAUUUGUGAACAACAGCAACUGGCCCACCCCUAGUAGCUCUCCUCAGCUGUCUGGGUUUUGGGAGGCAGCUGUGGGCAGGGUGAAGCCCAGACCGUGUCCCUCCAGCAGCCCGUGUCACAUCCGACUGGAAGAGCGCUAUUGAUCCGUGGUCCUGCAGGCUCCACAAAUACAAAUCUCCCAUUGAUUUCCAUCAGCAGCUGCAUCUAGAGAUAGAAACCCAGUCCUCAGCAGAGGGAUUCAUGAAGGUAAUGGGAGCAAACUGCUGCUGGUGUAAGAUUAUUCUGAAAAGCUGCGCAGGGAUAUUUGUGCUGUGUUUGUCGUUGGCUGCAGGUAAAGCUCCUUCUGAUGUAGCUGCCAACGUGGUUUUACAAAAACCACCCCACCCUAGUGGCUUGAGAAGGUUGUUUGUAGAAAAUAUCUUAAUGGGAAAAGCUUAAAAAAAAAAAAUCUAAAUAUUCAUCCAGCACCCAGUACAGUUCAGCCUUUUCUGAUAUAUAUUUUAGGAAGAAUUCCAUAGAAUUGAAGGAAGAGAAAAACCACUUCUGGAGUGUGCUGGAUUCAGCCAUGUCUUCUCUAAAUUUUUAAAGUUAUUUACAUAGAAUCCCACUAAUAUUCUCCCCAUUAAAUUUCAGGAAAAUACAAGUGGUAGACAGGGUGGAAAGGUCAGGAUGCCUCCUGCCUACCUUCCAUAUAGCUCAGCUCUGAGUAGCUGGAUUUUGCCCAAAGCUGCAGAUCUGGGCCCUGUGCCCAGGAGGAAAAAUAACAAAUCCCUUUUUCUGAGGAGUUAUUAAUCAUGGGGCUUUUUCCUACUUAAAGGAAAGAUGAGCCUAAAUCUGAGUUUCAAGUAUAAUUUCCAAAGCAAGUGGAGCACAAAUAAUAGGCCCCCCUCUCCACCAUGAAAGUGGAACCAAUAAUGUGAAGCCACAUCUGAAUGUGCAAAUCUCUGGAGGUGUCAGUACAAACCUUUACAGCUCUGGAUUGCAGUUCUGCAUAGGAGCAUUAUUAACAUUUACCAUGCACUCAGAUGCCUGCCCAGAUUUUAAAAUAGGCUUGGUUAAUUAGGCUUCAUGAAUGCAAAGGCAGCUUCAAUAACAGCUGACACAACUGGCUGUACUGCCGUUUAUCCCAGCUCAUAUUCCAUCUAUCAAUGCCAUUCUGAGGAAAUAAGGCCUCAAGUUGUAAAAAAUGUGGGAUUAUUUUUCAGUUGCCACCUUCUCUCAUGCAAGAGAAGGGCUUGGUAUGUUGCAAAAAAUGUCCAAUGUUAAAAUAUUGAAUUUUCUGGCCUCUGAUUCAAAGUCCAGACUGGGGACCCAGUGAGGGGCUUCACCCCAAAGUCAGUGAAUGUAGGGUAAUACCUCAGUUAUUAUCUGAAGAUUAUCAGCUACCAUGUAAAUAAAAAUUUUCAGCUUAAUUCUUAAUUUCAGUUAUAAAAAAACCCAUAAUUACAAUAAAAUCCACACAUAACUGUAGCCACAGAAUUUAAGGAAGCUUUUAAACCACUGCAUUUAAAUGAGCCCUCAGCCAGAUUAAAUAGUCUACCUCAUCUUAAUCAUUUUGCUUCUUAGGUUUAACAUAAUUUUCUCAGGUGCAAUAGAUAAAAACACCCAGUUCAAUACUUGUUUGUUAAGAAAUUCAAGACAUAUUGAUGAUUGGAUUGUAUUAGAAUGUUAGAUACAGGAUGUUAGAAAGUUGAAUAUUAUUGAGUUUAAAAAGACAAAAAGCUCCAUAUUGAGCAUGUUUGGCUUAAACUGAACCAGCAAAGGCCACAGCUGUUGUAAACUUACACAUGGAGCUGAUGCCAAAGCCAAUGGGAGGUUUGUAGGUCAAUAAGGGCAGCUCCAGAAACAUUUAAACCUUCAAAUUCAAAGAGAGCAAGCUAAUUUCCCAGGAGAAAAAAGCAUAAUCCAUGUAGGAUGUCUAGUAAAAGAUGGAGAACACAGCACUGGACUUGUCUCAUUAUGCUUGUGUAUCACAGUCAGUCACUGGUUGAUUUAUAUCCCACCAUGAGCAAUAAAUCUCUCCCCUUGUAUGUGUUUAAAAAUUUGUCUCUCUUUCAUGGUGCCUUUCUUCCGUAAUUAAUCUUGUAACAGAGAAUAGAUAUGAUUUCCCCUUCCUUGCAUCAGCUCUCUGUCAUGUUUUGACCAUCUGAAGCAAGCAGGAGUUGUAAAUGCUGGUGCUUGACAAACUGCCUCAGUACACGAAAUAAAAAUACCACCCCAACAUUUCCUGAUGACAUUUUAUAGGAUACUCGAAAUAUGAUGCUGUGGCUUGUUAAGUGCUAGAUGUUCAGCUGAAUUCUUAUAGGCAACUGGCAAAAUUUUCUAAAAUGUGUGUCUAGGUGAUGAAUGUAGAUAUGAGUAACUAUCUGUCUGCUGAGUAUUAUAUGUACUACACAACACUCUGACUGGAGUGAGUUAAAAUCAUGCUGGUAAAUGUAAUGCACAGUAUUUAUUAUCUCUGCUCAUGAAGCAGAGCUGUUCUCUUGUCUAACACACGUGUGUGCAAGGGGAGUGGGGGGUUGGGGGAAUUUCCAUUUGUUACUUCAAUAUUUUU